UCUUUCUUUUUGUUCUGUGUGAGAGUAAUUCUAAUACAAACCGUCCAUUUCUUCUCUCCGUUUGGUUCAAACCCCAAAUCAAUAUCUUCUCUCUGGCGAGGGCUUCGAAUCUCGCCGGAGAAUCGCGGUGGCUCGCCGGGAAUUCCAUAGAUUCCGACGGAAGCUUCUGAGAAUUUGGUCGGAGCUGAAGAAAAAGGAAGAGGAAAGCGUGUGGCUUUGUAUGUGAGAAGCAGCAGCAGCAGAAGAAGUAUAAAUAAAUUUGAAGAGAGAAAAAAGAAGAAGAAAAGGAUAACUGGUUUUGGUUUUGGGAGAGAAGAGGAAGAAGUUAACGUGCAAUGCAGGGAAAAAGGGCAUCAAAGAAGCUUUGGAGGAUCUUACACGGCACAGAUGCCUAGAUGAUCCCUUCUGCAAUUUCCUUGGCGUAUGCCGUAAUUUAUUCUAUUUUUUAAAAUUAUGUUUUAAAGCUCCUUCCUCCUUCUCACCAAGAUUACAACUUUCCUUCCAAAUUUCCCAUUUCUAUGUCUUCUCUUCUCUUCACAUUUCAAUCUACAUCGUCCUUCCUCUGAUCGCUACCUUCUGCACUUCAAAUUUUGCUUUUCCUCAGUUAUAUUUGAUUUUUGGCUUUUGAAGUGUUAGUAGAGAGGUGUGCACUUGUUUGUGGAUUUGGGAGAUAGAUAAAAUUUCUUUGAAACAGUUUGAGUUUUAGGAAUUAGGGUUUGGUUUUAAACUUUAUCAUCAUGCCAUCUGAAAUAAGAGACCUGCAGGGAUUGUCUUCCUCCUACUUCUCUGAGGAUUCAUGUUUCCCUAAUGAGAGGCAAGUUGGUUUCGGGAAGUCCGAAGGCAUGCUCGAUAACUAUGCCAAUGAAAACUCAAUUGCAUCAUCAUCUCUGGAUAAACACAUACCAGUGGAACGUCUGAACAUGAAGCCUAUAGAACAACCCAAGUCUUUCCUAAUGCGGGACCAGAAAGUGAACGGUAGCUUAAAUAGACUUGCUGUUGGAAUGGAGAGAGCAGCUAGUCAUUCCUUGCCUUCAUUGAAACCCACAGACCAUCCAGUUGUGCAAUCUAGUACAAAGGCAGAAGCAGCGUCAUAUUUUGUGGAGAGUGGAAAAUUCAAUGUAAUGGGUUCUCAGUAUGAGAGCAGCCUUUUCUCAAGUUCAAUGACUGAGUUGUUUAGUCAGAAGUUGAGAUUGUCAUCAAACAAUGGUCUAUAUGGUCAUUCAGUUGACACUAUUGCUUCACAUUAUGAGGAAGAGGAAAUAAUUGAAUCCCUUGAAGAAAUAGAGGCUCAAACCAUUGGGAACCUUCUUCCUGAUGAUGAUGACUUGCUUUCUGGAGUUACUGAUGGGCUUGAUUAUAAUAUCCAAUCAAAUGGUGGGGAUGAUAUGGAGGAGUUAGACCUUUUUAGCAGUGUUGGAGGGAUGGAUUUGGAAGAUGAUGGUUUAUCUCCUGGACAAAAAUGUAGUGAUUUCCCUGGAGGACUUUCUAAUGGUCAGUUAGGGUUAAGUAAUGGUUCAGUAGUUGGAGAACAUCCUUAUGGAGAACACCCUUCUAGGACAUUGUUUGUGAGAAACAUAAAUAGCAAUGUUGAAGAUUCUGAGCUGAAAACCCUAUUUGAGCAAUACGGAGAUAUCCGUACUCUUUAUACAGCUUGCAAGCACCGUGGUUUUGUUAUGAUUUCCUAUUACGAUCUAAGAUCGGCUCGAAAUGCAAUGAAAGCACUCCAGAACAGGCCACUGAGGCGUCGGAAACUCGACAUACAUUACUCAAUUCCAAAGGAGAAUCCCUCUGAAAAGGAUGUUAAUCAGGGUACUCUUGUAGUAUUUAACCUCGAAUCUUCUGUUUCAAAUGAUGAACUUCGUCAAAUUUUUGGUGUUUAUGGAGAAAUCAAGGAGAUCCGUGAAGCCCCACACAGAAGUCAUCACAAAUUUAUUGAAUUUUAUGAUAUUAGAGCUGCAGAGACUGCUCUUCGUGCAUUGAACAGAAGUGAUAUUGCUGGAAAGCAAAUUAAACUAGAGCCAAGUCGUCUUGGGGGAACAAAACGUUCGGGGCAGCAGUUACCUUCUGAGUUGGACCAAGAUGAAUGUAGUGUUUAUUUGCAGCAGAGUAGCCCUCCUAUUAACUCCAUCACUGGUUUUUCUGUUUCACUUGGAGCAAUUACGUCUGCCGUAGAUAAUGGAACUACUAUUGCGGGACAGAGUGCAACACAAACUCCAUCCCUGGAUGCUGCAUUUCAUCACGGGAUAUCUUCCAGUGUUCCUAACAGCUUAUCCUCUCUGGUCAGAAUUGAAUCUCUUGGCAAUCAGUCCGGCCUUUCAGAAUCCAAUCAUUCACUGGGGCCUCUAAAAUUUGACAUCCAUGGAACAUCACCUUUUCAUCCUCAUUCACUGCCAGAGUAUUAUGAUGGUUUAGCCAAUGGUAUCCAUUGUAAUUCUCCGGGAACUUUGUCUUCUGGCAUCAAUCCUAGACUACCAGAAAGAAUUGACAACAGACAAUUUUCCCGAGUAAAUUCAAACUCAAUGGAACUCAAUGAAAGUGUUUUUGGGUCUGCUGGUAGCGGUAGCUCUUCACUUCCUGGACAUCAUUUUACUUGGAGCAACAACUCAUAUCACCCUCAAGCUCCAGGUAUGAUGUGGCCGAACUCACCCUCAUUUGUCAAUGGAGUUUCUGCAGCUCAUCCCCAAUCAAGGGUUCAUGGACUGCCUAGGGCACCAUCUCACAUGUUGAACCCAGGUUUACCUAUAACUAGCCAUCCAGUGGGGUCGGCACCAGGGACUAAUCCUUCUAUCUGGGAUAGGCGACACUCCUUUGCAGGGGAAUCCCCUGAGGCUUCUGGAUUUCAUCCUGGUUCCCUUGGGAAUAUGAGAAUGGCCAACUCAUCCCAUUCUUUAGAAUUUGUUUCUCAUAACCUCUUUUCUCAUGUUGGUGGAAACUGCAUGGACUUGCCAAUAGCUUCAAAAAGUGUAGGACUCCAGUCCCAUCAUCAGAGGUGCAUGUUGUUUCCAGGCCGAGGCCAAAUGAUGCCAAUUAUGAAUUCGUUUGAUCCUGCUGGUGAGCGUGCUAGAAGUCGUAGAACUGAAGGCAACUCUAAUCAGCUUGACAACAAGAAACAAUAUGAGUUGGAUGUUGACCGCAUAAUGAGAGGAGAAGACAAGCGAACAACACUAAUGAUAAAGAACAUUCCUAACAAGUAUACUUCCAAGAUGCUUUUGGCUGCAAUUGAUGAGCGUCAUCGAGGAACUUAUGAUUUUAUUUAUCUACCUAUUGAUUUUAAGAAUAAAUGCAACGUGGGGUAUGCAUUCAUCAACAUGACGGAUCCAACCAUGAUUAUUCCUUUCUACCAGUCAUUUAAUGGAAAGAAAUGGGAGAAAUUCAAUAGUGAGAAGGUUGCUUCAUUAGCAUAUGGUCGCAUUCAAGGUAAAGCUGCCCUGAUUGCACAUUUCCAAAACUCGAGCUUGAUGAAUGAGGAUAAGCGAUGCCGACCCAUUCUCUUCAACACAGACGGGCCAAAUGCCGGUGAUCAGGUGCCCUUCCCAAUGGGGGUGAAUGUUCGCACAAGACCCGGAAAAGCACGAACAAAUGCAUUUGAAGAGAUUCAUCAAGGAAGUCCACCCAAUAUGGGACAUGGAGGGGAUGAUUCUUCUCAAGGAGAGACAUCUACUGGUUCUGCAAAGGAGUCAGAUUGAGCAAAGCCACUUUUUUUUGUGGGCGCUAGCUAACCUUCUUAUAGGGCUGAGUACUACUACUACUACUACUACUAAUCUGCGUCCUCGCCGAACACCUGGUGACUUACAUAGGGGAGAGUGGCUGAUUCAAAUUAUAGAGGAACACUUGGCUAACUGUGCUAAGUAGUUUUCCAAUUUUGUCGGGAUAUUUCUUACUGAAAAUCUGAACUGCUUAUAGCCUAUCCUAUCCUAUCCUAAUUCUUGAGAUUUCUCUUAAUGAAAAUAUGAACAGAAGGGGAGAAUCAUAUCAUAUCAUAGCUUCGGAAAUUUUGGAUGAGUAAGUACUACUAAACAUACAUCAAGGAAAAAGAAAUUCACUUGUAUAGGAGAGUUCAUUUCAUUGUUUGUCGCAGUUUGAGGAUGCUUUGACUGCUGUUAUGUUGUUUGUUUGUUUUUUUUUUUCUUUUACUUUAUCAUAUAUAAUUUUUUUAUUGUCGGCGCGUGGAGCAUUGGUGCCCAUAUCAUAUGUAAUAGCUCAGCCUCAGAUGCAUGUAUCUGAGUGGUGGUGAUGAGCUCGUCUUGAAAAUUUUGAUUUGAAAUGACGUACUGUUGCUGUUAAGACAAUGGGUUUGUCACCUGCAUACAGUUUCCUUUUUUUUUAACAUGA